GCUCCUCGCAAUCAUCUCACUUGGUUUCGAAUCCACAUAUAAAUGCCUAGUAAGGAAAUGUGGUGUACGAUGCUCCUUCAUCGGCAUCCACCGCUUCUUCCUUCCUUUCGCAACUUUCCAUUCUUUUGGCUGGUCCAUCCAUUCAUUUGCACCUUGCAAUUCUUCUGAAUAUACUUACUUUUAUAUACCCUUUUUCGAUUUGAUUGUUGAAGACAAGCACAAUGAAGUUCUCCAUCCUUCUCAUGAUCGCGGCGACGGCUUCGGCGGCAGUCGUUGCGCCCAGGCAUCACAAAGGACGAAAAGGCGGGAAUGCCGCAGCCCAGCAGGGUCAGGCAGCGCAGACUGGGAACGGAGCCACGCAGAAUGCACAGACGGGCGGUCAGGCGACUUCUGGCGGGAACAACAACCAAGCCGCAACAGGCGGCGGUGCCCUUGCGAGGGGCGCAACCACCAUCGUCUUGAAGGAGACGCAAGGAGUCCCGGGCAACGAAUGUAUCACCUUCCGCAACAAUGGUGAAAUGGUCGAUGCCGCCUGCGUCAACACCGCAGCUGAUCGCCAACUUCAAGCCUCCACCGUUAACGGCCAGCCUGUGCUCGCAGUGCAGCGAUCUUUCACCGCAGGCUUCCGUCCGGACCUUGUCGGCGUAGAUGCAUGCGUUGGAAACAACGGCACGACGUUCCUCGCGCUGCCCUGCAAUAGUGCCAGCCUGGAUCCCGUUACUUUCUCGAACAACAACUUGGUUGCUGCCAGUGGGGCGUGCCAGAGCGGCCAUGAUGGUGCUGCACAGAUAACAGUGGACCAGUCGGGUCAGAAUUGCGCUGAGUUGACGAGCACCGAGACGGCGGCUACUCCUCCUUAGAAGAGAAUUGGAAAGGAAGUAUUGGGAUCAGAUCGGUGGGCGCUCGAUGUAAGAUUGCGUCACAUAUAUUGCGCUUGCUAGCAUAAGAUUAAAACCAAGCUCUGCU